AUGCCAGGCUCCGUGGGAAGUGAUGAAUUCGACGACGACGGCGAGGCUUUCAUCGUGGACAUUGACAGUAUACAAGCCCAUGGCAUUGGCGCAGCUGACAUCACCAAGCUGAAGGCCAACGGAUUCUACACUGUCGCUUCCGUCCAUGGUGCCACUCGCAAGACCCUCUCGAAAAUCAAAGGCUUUAGCGAGAUCAAGGUUGAGAAAGUCAAAGAAGCAAUCCAGAAAUGCCUACCCUCCGCCUCGGGUUUCAUCACAGCCAUGGAACUCCACCACCAGCGCAAGAAGGUCGUACGCAUCUCAACUGGCAGCAAACAAUUCGACUCAAUCCUCGGCGGCGGCUUCCAAAGCAUGAGCAUCAGUGAAGUCUUCGGCGAGUUCCGCUGCGGCAAAACCCAGCUGGCGCACACCAUGUCCGUAGUCGCUCAACUACCCAAGGCAGAUGGCGGAGCAGAUGGGAAAGUAGCCUAUAUCGAUACAGAGGGCACGUUUCGUCCCGAGCGGAUUGCGCAAAUCGCCGAACGAUUCGGCAUGGACCCGGGCACUGCACAGGAGAACAUUUCCUAUGCGCGUGCGCUGAACAGUGAGCACCAACUCGAGCUGCUGAAUACCCUUUCUCAGGCAUUUUCUGGUGGUGAGUACAGAUUGCUGGUCAUUGACAGUAUCAUGAACUGCUUCCGGGUUGAUUACUGUGGGCGUGGGGAGUUGGCGGAUCGGCAGCAGAAGCUGAACCAGUUUUUGAUGAAGCUGGCGCAUAUGGCUGAAGAGUUCAACGUUUGCGUCUUGAUGACAAACCAGGUCCAGAGUGACCCUGGUGCUAGUGCUCUUUUCGCUGGAGCUGAUGGUCGUAAGCCUGUUGGUGGACAUGUUCUUGCUCACGCUUCCACUACUCGGGUGCUUCUUCGGAAGGGUCGUGGUGAUGAGCGUGUUGCGAAGAUCCAGGAUUCGCCUGACUGCCCUGAGCGUGAAGCAAUCUAUAUCAUUACCAAUGGUGGUAUCAAUGAUCCUGACAAGGUUUGA